ACACCCUUGGAUGCCAUGAAAGGACCUCAAGAGAAGCUGAUGUACGUGCUUUGCGUCUUAACCAGGACGGGGACCCAAAUGCCCGAUUAUCUCGCCACGGUGGAUGUGGAUCCCAAAUCUUCCACUUAUUGCCAAGUUAUUCACCGGUUGCAAAUGCCAUACAUUAACGAUGAGCUUCACUUCAUGGGCUGGAACAUUUGCAGUAGCACCUUUGGAGACACCACCAAGAAACGCAACCGGCUGGUCCUUCCGUGUUUCAACUCUUCGCGGAUUUAUGUGGUGGACACUGGGACUGACCCCCGAGUUCCCUGCCUGUUCAAGGUGAUUGAGCCCAGAGAGGUCUUCUGUAAAACCAAAGUGGCUUCACUACUCACCCCACGCUGUCUGGGCAGCGGAGAAGUCAUGAUCGGCUCCCUAGGGGACCUAUUUGGCAAUGGAAAAGGUGCAUUUAUUCUUGUGGAUACAGAAACAUGGCAAGUGAAGGGUACCUGGAACCGCCCUGGGGAUGAGGCUCCAUUAGGAUAUGACUUCUGGUACAAACCAAGGCAUAACGUCUUAUUCAGCACUGAACUGGCGAUCCCCAAAUUUCUCGUAGAAGGGGUCAACCCUGAAUUUCUGGGGAAAGACCGCUAUGGCCGCCGCCUGAAUGUGUGGGACUGGACCACCCACUGCCUUGUCCAGUCUAUUGACCUGGGGGAGGAUUCUGUCCCCUUGAAUGUCCGCUUCCUGCACAACCCAGACGCCUCACAUGGCUUUGUGGGUUGUGCCUUCAAUGGCGCUGUGCAUCAUAUUUUCAGGAAGGAGGAUGGGACAUGGAUCACAGAGAAGGUAAUUCAGAUUCCAGACAAGACGGUCAGUGGGUGGUACUUACCCAAAAUGCCAGCAUACACCAGUUACUUUGUUAUAUCAUUGGAUGACCGUUUCCUGUAUAUAAGCAACUGGUUUCAUGGUGACGUUCGACAGUACGACAUCACCGAUCCCCACUGCCCUCAGCUGAUGGGCCAGGUGUUUGUAGGAGGCAGCAUCUACAAAGGUGGGGUAGUGACUGUGAUUAAGGAUGAAGAGCUGGACUGCCAACCAGAUCCCCUUGUGAUCCAGGGAAGGAGAGUAUAUGGAGGACCUCAAAUGCUCCAGCUGAGUUUGGAUGGGAAAAGGCUUUAUGUUACCAACAGUCUCUACACACAGUGGGAUGAGCAAUUUUAUCCAGAAAUGUUCAGGGAAGGGUCAGUCAUGCUCCAGAUCGACGUGGACACAAUGAAGGGGGGGCUCUGUGUGAAUCCAGAUUUUCUGGUGGAUUUCGGGAAGGAGCCGUGGGGUCCCGCUCAUGCGCACGAAAUGAGUUACCCGGGAGACUGUACUUCGGACAUCUGGGUCUGAGACAUUCCUCUUAGCCUACCCUAUUGUUAUGCUAGCAUUUAGUGGGUAGGGAACUGAAGCAGAGAGCAACUCAAAACCAGAGUGUUGGUUUGUAGUUUAAUCCUGCUCCAGAUUUCCAUGCUUGAGGAAUGUGAACAGAGAAAUUGUCAUCAUAAUAAAAAGUGUUCUUGAUAAUACAGACUCUUGAGGGUAAAUUUUAUUUGAAGAUGAGAGCGGCAACCAUUGACCAAGUCUAUGUAUUUUUCUCACAAUGCAGUUUAAAAGCCUCUUAAGGACCAAUGUCUUCUUCCUGGGGUUUAGAGUGGCUCAAAGUCACCCAGCUUGGCUUCCGUGCCUAAAACAGGAUUAAAAUUUAUGGUCUCCAACAUCUAAUCCAGCACCUUCAACUAUUACACCACACUGGCACUCCAUCCAUAACUUAAGCCAUAGUCAGUUGCAGGAGAAGGAUUUUCACUUAGCUAUCCUCAAGCACUACUAGGUAAUCACAGCCAACAAAUCAGAGAGACGAAAAUGGCUCUUCUGGACAUGUAUCU